AUGAUCAAAGACACAGGAUGCAGCCUUUUGGAAGGCCCGAGGCGAUUUCAGAAAUCGACCAACCGUUUCGCGUUUCCAGGAAGCCGCUGUCGUGAUCGCAGACACAGGAUGCGGCCUGUUGGAAGGCCAGAGGCAGAUUUCAGAAAUCGACCAACAGUUUCCCGUGGAAGUUUCCAUGAAGCCGUUGUCGUGACCAAAGACACAGGAUCCGGCCUUUUGAGAGGCCCGAGGCAGAUUUGGGAUAUCGACCAACCAUCCCCCGUUUCCAGGCAGACAUCACAAUCGACCAACCGUCCCCCGUUUCCAUGAAGCUGUCGCCGUGAUCAAAGACACAGGAUGCGGCCUUUGGAAAAGCCCGAGACAGGAUUGGGAAAUCAACCAAGCAUCCCCCGUUUCCACGAAGCUGUUGUCGUGAUCCCAGACAAAAGGCCACUUCAGCAGCUGCUACACUCGCGAGUGUAGCAG